AUCUAGCCAUCGCUAAUGAAAGAAAACCUAUAUUGUCGGAAAUGUAGAGACGGAAUCCGGGAGGGUGUGGGUAUGCGGAUGGGAAGGUCGUGCGACGGAGAAUGAAGAGAGUGGAUGGUUGGUCUCGCGGUUGGUUUCGGAGGUUGGCGGAUUUUGUAGUAUGGCCGACCGUAGUUUUUCUUUAGCAGCAUUGCGCUCUGCAGUCGUGAUUUCCUCCCCAACACAGCAACAGCAAAUAUGGCGCCAAUAAAGAAGCGCACAACAGCGCGCGCAAAGUCUGCGCGAACAGCUCGUCCUACCCAAGCCACCCUCACAGAAGCAGACGAUUUCGACACAGCCUUCUCCUCGUCCAAAAAGGACAAGCAGAAGAUUAAACACUCUUCCUUCGUAUCCAAGAUCGAAAAAACCUCCUCAAAAACCCAAAAGCGACGGCGUCCCAACAAGCAGCUCGUCGCAAACCUCGAGUCGCUCGCCAAUGCGCUUCCAGGUCUUGAGGAAGGCGCAGAUGGAGAGAUCGAGGUUGGGCAAGCCAAGAUACAGCGCAAGAGCUUGAAGUCGCGGCCUGGCGCCAUGAAGAGGAAGGAGAAACUGGAGAGGGAAGAGAGGGAACGGUUCAACAAGAACUUGGCGCAGUUGGCGGGGAGUGGAGGCGCGGCGGUGCAGGACCGCUGGGCGGCGUUGAAGAGUCAUGUGCAAAACACCAUGGAGGUCAAGCCUGAGUUUGUGAAGAAAUGAAGGGGCCCAUUAGGAAUGGUUCAAUGUAUGGAUGUUGCCCUGGUACGAGCAGAGACAGCCGACGACACGAUGUUAGUUCCAAAGCAGGAACUUGCAGCUGGUGGGUUCUAUCUACACAAGCACUGAGGGCUUGAGGGCACAACACAUCACAGAGGUGUUUCGGGUGUGCAGAACGAGCCACUCAUGUACGUCGGAGCUACAUCAAAGCAAUGCUUUUUGAAUGCGCACAAAGAGUUGACACAGUGCCACGCAGACUUUGCAUACCGU